GACUUCCGGGUCCCGCCCACUACUACAUAAUCCUGACUUCCGGGUCCAUGAUGACGUCACGUAAACCUUGACAGCUUUCGUAAGAAAAAGAGGCUUCAAUUUGUCACUUUGGAGAGAAAACUAUGUCCAUGUUCAGGAACGCCGUGUGGUUUGUCAAAGGACUCAACGAAUACACCAAGAGCGGCUAUGAGGCGGCUGCCAAGCAUUUCGUGGCGGCCGACCUGGAAGUGGACCUGAGCGGGCGCUCCUUCAUGAUCACGGGCGCCAACAGCGGCCUGGGAAAAGCCACGGCACAGGAAAUAGCCAACCGAGGGGGUACGGUGCACAUGGUGUGUCGCAACAAGGGGCGAGCAGACGCCGCCAAGCAGGAAAUUGUGGAGCGAAGUAAGAACCAGAACAUUCACGUCCAUGUGGUGGACAUGUCCUGUGCCAAACACCUGUGGGACUUUGCGCAGAGUUUUGUCCAAAGUAACGUCCUCAACGUGUUGAUCAACAACGCAGGUUGUAUGGUGAACCAGCGAGAGGUAACAGAGGAAGGUCUGGAGAAGAACUUUGCCACAAACACACUUGAGGCAGCAGGUCAUCCUGACAGAGAGGUGGGCGACUCAGCACAAAGACAUCCACUGGUCAUCUAUGCACCCUGGUUGGGCCGACACAGCAGCCGUGCAGACGUCCAUGCCGUCCUUCCACGCCAAGAUGGUGAACAAACUUCGCACGGAGGCCAUGGGUGCCGACACCAUCGUGUGGCUGGCCGUGUCGGCCGCCGCCAUCAAGCAGCCCAGCGGACUCUUCUUCCAAGAUCGGCGUGCGGUGGCGACACACCUCCCGCUGGCCUUCACCGCCUCGUCCUCUCAGGAGGAAGACAAGCUUGUGAUGGCGCUUCAGCAUCUGGCACUCAAGUACAAACCUUGAAAUAUAUCAUUGACCAAAGACAUGGCUGGUAUCUCUUCUUGUAGAUAAAGUCAUCCAUUGUAGGUGAACUUGUAUCAAACAUCUCUUCUUGUAGAUAAAGUCAUCCAUUGUAGGUGAACUUGUAUCAAACAUCUCUUCUUGUAGAUAAAGUCAUCCAUUGUAGGUGAACUUGUAUCAAACAUCUCUUCUUGUAGAUAAAGUCAUCCAUUGUAGGUGAACUUGUAUCAAACAUCUCUUCUUGUAGAUAAAGUCAUCCAUUGUAGGUGAACUUGUAUCAAACAUCUCUUCUUGUAGAUAAAGUCAUCCAUUGUAGGUGAACUUGUAUCAAAC